AUGGCUGCCCUCGAGUGCCGAGCGGUGGGGACAGUGGAGGAAGCGCAGCUUGGGGAGCUCAUGGAGCUGCUAGUAGGGCUGUCCGGCACGCAGCCAGAGGCGCUGGAGCAGCAGGAGGUGGUGCUUGCAGCGCCCGCCGCCGCCGCCGCCGCCACGUCAGGUGCCCCUGCCGCCUGGAAGCCCGACCUGCGGCUGCAGCACGAUCUGACGCCCGGUGCCAACAGGACUGACGUGCAAUCAGACACGUGGACGGCGCUUCAGUUCAGCCUGCACCUGCGCGGCAAGCAGCACGCGGCGCUGCCUGCCACGGUGCGGCACGUCACGCGCACGCAGUGCAGCGGAGGCGACGUGCCCGCCUUCUGGCAGGCCCUGGGCUUUGCGCCGCGCUACCAGCUGCUGCGCCGCGGCCACCGCGUCUCUGUGCAGCUGGAGGGGCACGAGGUGGAGGUCAGCGUGUGCCGCGUGCUGCGCCUGCCGCGGCCCGGCGCCGGCGCGCCCGCCCCGGACGCCGAGGCGAUGCAGCAGGCAGCGGAGCUGGCGCCGGGGCGGCUGCUGGUGGAGGCUGUGGCGUGUGUGCCCUCCGAGGCAGACCACAUGGACAGCGUGGGGGCGGUGGCCGCGCUGGCGGCGCUGCUGCAGCCCUACACCGAGCUGCAGCGCCCGCCGCGCGCGCCGGGAGAGCCGCUCUGA